UAAUUUUAUUUUGGUGGAGGCUGCUUCCUAUCCUUCUCCUAAAAGAAGAAUAAUCUCUUACAAAUCCUUGAAGCGAAGAAACUCUGGUGUUAGGGUUUAUCUCUCUAUCCUGUUGGGGAAUGGCAAGUAGUCGAAUUCAAAUUAUUUGGUGGUAACUAGUAGUUUGCAGCAAGUCGUAGGCGUUGGAAAUGAGUGGUUCUGGAAGGAAACAUGUUUCCAAAUGGGACUCCAAGGAGGAAGACACACAUCAUCAUCCUAGCGUAGAUGUAACAUCAGGUUCUCAUUACCGUGACAAGGAUCCACAGCCUGUCCUCUUCAACGCAGACAGUAAUGCUAAUGCAAGUAGGAGGUCUGUGAAUGAUCAACACUCCGGUCAAGCUAGGACUAGAAGCAGAGCUUCACAGAAUAACGAUAACAGUUAUUAUUUUGAACAAGAUGAAACUAGGCAGCAACUUUCACAUAGGAGUGAUAGUAGAAGUUAUAGCAGAAGUAGAAGCCGUAGCAGAAGCCCUGUCUAUAGACCAAGACGAGAUCACGCAGGAUCUUAUGACAGACACAAGAAGACCAGAACACGAGAUGAAUUCAGCAAGAGAGGCGGUGAUCAAAGCAGCAGCGAUUACGGUUGGGAAGAUAAAGCUAGUAGAAAGCCAAGGGAGACGAGAUAUCACCACUCCAAUGAUUUCAGAGAAGAGGAGGCUACGAUGAUGAAAGCUGCAAGGUCAUCAGACUAUCAUGAUACUGAUUUUCCUGAGGAGGAACAUUCAAGAAGGGGGCAUUUACAUGGUUUAUCAGAUCCGAGGUUGAGAAGACACAGAGGCGAGCUGACAGGAGAGAAAGAAACGCAACUAAGAGGUGGUGAUGGUGAGGGACGGUUCCGCAGGAGCUCGGAGAUCCCCUGCAAGUUUUUCGCAGCAGGGAACUGUCGUAAUGGCCAUCAUUGCAGGUUCUCUCAUCAUCGUGGUGCUGAUAGAAAGCAGCCUCAAGAGAACAAGAACAGCUUCUAUAGACAGGACAACAACUAUCACAGUGGUCAUAAUAGAUGGAACGGUGAUGAAAGAUUGGAUAAUGGAAAGCUCAGUAAAGGGACUUGUGAAACUAAGGGUAGUGGCUGGAUUGGUGAUAUGGAGAUGUCUCCUGAUUGGAACUUUGGUGCUCAUAACUUGGAAAAACACAUGAAGGAAGCAGAACCUGGUGGUGUUGGCGUUAUUGGUCAGAGUUCGAAGUCUCGAGUUGAUGAUCAGAGGAGCAGUGGUAUGUAUUCAUAUGGUGACAACAAACCCAUGCUUGAGAAACCUAUAGUAGCUGAUUCUCAUCAGAACUACAACAAUGUGGUGAACACUGCUCCGGUUCAAGCAUAUAAUCAGAAUUAUCAUGAUGUCUUGCCGUACCAAAACUCGCCAACCCCUGGAGGAACUCAACAACAAGUGAUAGCUCCUGCUCCUGCUCCUGCUGCUGCUACAGAUUUCUCCUUGAACUUGAGUAAACCAGUGAGCGGAAAAGCUUAUCAAGAUAAUCAUCAUUCAGUGGAGGAGAAAGCUAUUCCGGUCCAGAGUGGUGUCACCAGGGAACAAAUAGAUCAGAUUAGCAACAUCUCAGCUACUAUAGCGCAGCUUCUUGCAAAUGGACGGCCCCUUCCACAGCUUACACAAGCAUUGCAGAUGCCAUCUUCCUUGGCUGUUCAACCAAAUCAUGCUACCCAGAGUAACACCCCACUUGGGAUGAGUGCUGACACUGACGAAGCCCCACUGGUUACUGCAUCACAAGUUAGCAAUGUCGAUGAGAUUCAGGUUCUACCGGUAAACCCCAAGGCUUCUAGUAAAGAAGAAGAGUGUAAGAAAGCUGGAGAAGAAGCUGAUAACAUUGUAGAUGAAGAUGCUGAUGAUGGGAGCGAUGAAGAAGAAGAAGACAAGAAAGAGAUGAAAGACACGAAAGGAAUGAGGACGUUCAAGUUUGCGCUUGUUGAGAUUGUGAAGGAGCUUCUGAAACCAGCUUGGAAAGAAGGUAAGAUGAAGAAAGAUGGUUACAAGAACAUAGUGAAGAAAGUAGUUGAGAAAGUGACUGGCUCAAUGCCAAGUGGAAACGUUCCUCAAACACAGGAGAAGAUUGACCAUUAUCUAUCCGCUUCCAAACCGAAGCUUACAAAGCUCGUUCAGGCAUAUAUCAGUAAAGCCAAGAAGACGUAAAUUAAUUUCAUCUCUCGCCAUCAUCAUUAAGCUUGUGUGGAACUGUAUUCUUAAAACCUGCUUAGUCUUUUAUGGAAGAUGAAGUGAGGCUCUGUUGUUGUCACCGUCUUCCAGUUCUGUAGAUAUAUACCGUUAGAGAUUUUUGUCCUGAAUGUUCCUUUUUCUUUUUCCGACAUGGUGGUAUGGUCCAGUCUCAUAGACCAAGGACUGUGUUCUGUCUUUUUUAUAGAAACUUAGACCAGAUUUUCGGUAAUCCUCAUCUCUUUUGUCUCAA